UUAUCCUGAGGGAGAGGUGGACAAGCGCACACACAGUGAGCAGUCACCGUGCCGGGGAAGGACGGCGUGAUGUGGCCCUUCUUGCCGCUGCUGCUGCUGCUCGGUCUGCUGCGACCCUGCCCCGCCAGAGCCACGUUAGCACAGCAGUGUGACUCAUCCACAGAUGGCACCAUUUACAGGUACCACGCAAAGACUCUGAACGGGAGUCACACUGUGAACUUCAGCAACCUUGCAGGCAAGAGUGUCCUGUUCAUCAAUGUGGCUACAUACUGAGGAUACACCUAUCAGUAUGUGGAACUGAAUGCACUACAUGAAGAGAUGAAACCACUUGGACUCACCAUUCUUGGCUUUCCCUGCAACCAAUUUGGGAAACAGGAACCAGGACAAAGACAUGAAAUCCUGCCAGCUUUAAAGCAUGUCAGGCCAGGCAAUGGGUUUGUUCCAAACUUCCUGUUGUUUGAGAAAGGUGAUGUGAACGGAAAAGACGAGCAAGAGGUUUUCACUUUCCUUAAGAACGCCUGCCCUCCUGUCGGAGACAACUUCGGCAACACUGCUAACAGAUUGUUCUGGGAGCCUCUGAGGAUCAGCGACAUUAAGUGGAACUUCGAGAAGUUUCUGGUGGGGCCAGACGGGAAGCCGGUGAUGAGGUGGCACCCGAGUGUCAACAUUUCUGAGGUCCGAGCUGACAUUCAGAAAUACCUGCUCCAGCGCUACACGCAGGGUUUUUUCAAUUAGAUCUUUGAUUCAACAUAGAGAAUUGUCCAUCUAAUUAAGUUACUGCGACAUAAUGAGAUGCACAAGACAAGUAGAGUAACGAUAGAAUGUAGAAGAGAGUAAUGUUAACAGUUUCUGAUACAUGAAGUUGGCAUGUUAAAUGAAGAGGAGGCAUGAAAACAGGAACUCUGUGGUGCCUCUUCAGAGUCUGGGGCUCAGGCCAGCUCUUCAGUGCAUUCAAGCUGCCCUGUAAUCCCACAGCAUCAUGUCAUCUUCUCAUCCCAGGACCUGUUAGCCAUUACAGCCUAGAUAUUGAUUACUUCCAAUAAAUCAUGGAGAACAACA